UUUUGUGGUCUCUCUUGUGCACCAAACGUUGGACAAAGACAUCAUCAUCUCUCUACCCACACAUGUAAUCUGUGUGUAUACGUGUCUCUCUCUCUAUAUACACACACGCACGCAUGUAUACAUAUAUAUUAUAUAUACACACGUAUACACACAGUGAGAGAGAGAGUGAGGUCACGUCAGAGAAGACGAUGGAACUGGACAAUUUUCCCUCGGCGGAGUUGUACGGAGCUACCAUCUCCAGCGAGAAACGCCGCCUCAGGGAGCCGUCAUCUGCGGCGGCGCCGGCGGCGGAAAUGUCUCUUCUCCGAUGGGAUGCGAAACAACCCGAUGAAGACGACGAUGACCCUAAAGGCAAUGUUGUACCCAAAGCUUGUUCCAUUUCCUGUUAUCCCACCAAGAAGAAAUUGGCGGGUUGGCCUCCCGUUAAGAGAUGGAGAAAGAAGAGCAUUUGGAAGAGCCGCUUCAAUCGGACGGUGGAUAACGUCUGCAUCGCUUGCCGACGUAGGACUUCUUAUGAUCGGACGGUCAAGAAUCAAGGAAUUUUGUCUGAAGUGCUCGACGUAUGAACGUUAAAAAAACGCCGACAUAAUUAUGCUCGAAGUGGUGUUUUUUUUAUAUUAUUAAUAUUAUAAUUAAAGGAUAAAUGGUUUUACAAUAAAAAUUACCAUAUGUAUACUCUCACUUAAUUUAGGUGAAGAUUGGAUGUGCGUCUGUAUUUAUUAGGGGUUUUGAUAAUGAAUAACAUCACGAAAAAAAAUGUGGACCACCUCAUGGUAUAGUAUAAUCUCACUUAAUUUUUAGGUGAA